CAAUAUUGCUGUACUUGAAGUCUUCUCUCACACCCAUCUUCCCAGCCAACCAUUUCCAUUUGUAGUUGAUCACCGUGGUGGUCAGUGGUGAUGGCCCUCCGAGCUACAACCACCGCUACACUCAACCACCACCAUCACCAUUCUCCACCUCCUUCAUCAUCCUCACCCAAAACCACCCUUAUCCCUUUCAAGACCCAAACCCGGCCCGAAUUAUGUACACUCUCCCUGUCCACAUCCACUGCAAUUUCCUUAUUAGCUCUUUUCACUACUCCACUUGAAGCCAAUGCAUUCACAGUCUCCAAAGACGACAUCGUUUCAUCCAUUACUCAAGUGGAAGAAAAAAUAGACCAGGUGCAAAAGGUGAGUUCUGAUGUUUUUGAGGUAACAGGGAAAGUAAUAACAUCUGUAGCCGAAUUCUUAAAACCGGCAAUGGACGCAGCAAUGCCGGUCCUAAAGCAGGCCGGCGGAGAGGCAGUAAAGAUCGCUACUCCAGUGAUUUCAGAGGCUACAAAGAAAGCUCAAGAAGCAAUUCAGAGCUCCGGGUUUGAUACUGAACCUGUUUACUCUGCUGCUAAGACAGUGGCUGAUGCAGCAGGGCAGACUGGGAAAGUGAUCCAAGAUGCACAGCCAAUUGCAUCAUCAACGGUCCAGAGUAUCUCGUCAGCAGACCCAACCACCAUUGCUGUUACUGGAGGAACUUUAGUGCUAGCUUAUUUUCUGCUUCCACCUGUCUUCUCUGCUAUCUCUUUCAACUUUCGUGGGUACAAAGGUGAUCUCACUGCUCCCCAAGUUCUUGAUCUUGUAUCUUCAAACAACUACACUUUGAUCGAUAUCAGAUCUGAAAACGAGAAGGACAAAUCUGGUGUUCCACGCCUUCCCUCAAGCGCCAAGAACAAAAUAAUUGCCAUCCCAUUGGAAGAGCUACCAAGCAAAUUGAAAGGUCUUGUUAGAAACACAAAGAAGUUAGAAGCUGAACUUGCAGCAACAAAGAUAUCUUAUCUUAAGAAAAUCAACAAAGGCUCCAAGAUUGUGAUCCUGGACUCGUAUGCUGAUUCAGCCAAGAUAGUUGCUAGAUUUUUAACUGAGCUCGGGUUUUCAAACUGCUGGAUUGUUGCUGACGGGUUCUCUGGAGGCAAAGGAUGGUUACAAAGCCGGUUAGGAACUGAUUCAUAUAAUGUAUCAUUUUCCCGAGUUAUAUCACCAUCUCGAGUCAUUCCUGCUGUUAGAAGUUUUGGUACUACAAGCUCAGCCAAGUUGCUUUCUGAUUAAUUCUUUUUAGCUGUAUCUUCAAACUAUGUUUAUAACGGCUAAUGUGUGGUCCAUAGAUAAAUACUUAUUGGUAAUUGUUUUUCUCCA